UCUUCCGGGUUCGAGGCGAGUGAGUGGUGGGGGGUCGUAGCGGGGCCGCAGCCGGUGGGGCCGCCGGGGGAGACGGGUCGGCGAGGGAAGGAGGAGGCGGCGGAGAGGUUGCACUCAGAAUAUGGGACACCGGACUCCGCAGGGGAUAGAAACUAACAGCUAACAACCUGGAGUGAGUUCAGGGAAAGUCACCCGGAGUGCGAAGGACCUGGAAACAGGUCCUUUGAAGACAAGGGAAAAGACCUGGGUAACCGGAGCGCUACGCCGUGCAGGUUGAAACCACCAAAGAUGUCUAAAGAUGAAGAAAAAGUUAAUUUGCGUCGCCUCGAGCCAGCCAUCCAGAAGUUCAUUAAAGUGGCCAUUCCCACAGAUCUGGAGCGGUUAAGGAAACAUCAGAUCAAUAUCGAGAAGUAUCAGAGGUGCAGGCUGUGGGACAAACUGCACGAAGAACAUAUCAACGCCGGCCGUACCGUCCAGCAGCUGCGAGCAAAUAUCCGAGAGAUGGAGAACCUUUGCGCCCGAGUCCGGAAGGAAGAUAUCCUGACUCUGCAGAGGAUGAUUGAUCCCGUCAAAGGAGAGGCUUCGGUGGCCAUAAAAGAAUUUUUGCAGCUGCAUUCGGAGUCGGCCGAAGCGCUGAAAAGGCAGUUCAGAGAGCCGGAGGCGGCUUUGACUCGCUCCACCACUGUUGAAGGAACAGAAACUUUCUCUAGUGCCGAAAACGGAGAAAAUUCCCUCAGCCAGAUUUUUGCUCCGUUACCUGAAAUCCCCCAGGAUCAAAAUGCUGCAGAAUCCUGGGAAGUGUUAGAAGAGGAUCUGAUAGAACUCUGCACUCUGGUGACCGAGUUUUCCCUGCUUGUUAAUACCCAGCAGGAGAAAGUCGACCGGAUCGAAGAGAACGUCUGCACUGCCGUCGCGAAUGUGGAGGAGGGGACCCAGAGUUUAUCCAAGGCUGCGACCUACAAACUGGCCGCCCUCCCGGUGGCUGGCGCCCUCCUGGGGGGAAUCGUGGGGGGGCCCAUCGGGCUCCUGGCCGGCUUUAAGGUGGCUGGACUGGCGGCGGCUUUGGGAGGCGGCGUGCUGGGCUUCACGGGUGGAAAACUCAUUCAGAGGAAGAAGCAGAAGAUGAUCAAGGAUCUCUCCUCUCCCAGCUGCCCCGAUUUGCCCGGGCAGAGCGACCAAGGGGGCAGCUGAGGACCGGGGGGAGGGGGGGCCCUCAAGCCGUCUUGGCUGGCAUCACGGCUGCCCGCCUGGGACAAUCGUCUUUCUUCCCCUGCUGGAAACGUUUCCUGUUGAGAAUGUGAAAGGGACAAAAAAGUCACCCUGGAAAAACUUUCUGACGUGCGCCAGGGGAAGGCGGCAAGCGUGGCACGCUUUGGCACACCUCACCCGCGGCGUGGGAAGGUGCGCUCCGAAGGGAUGUCUCCACCUGCUUUCCUUCCUCCUUCAGGGACUCUCUCCACAGUGUUCACCGAAUGCCUUUUUUUCCCCAGGUUAAAAACGGAAAGAAAGCCGCCCAGGUGGCCCUUUUUCAGUCUCUGGAUACUUCCGUUCGUCCCGAGCGCACAAAUCCUGUGGGUUUGUUUGUUUUAACACUUGUCGGUUUUAAUGCUCCUGGACUCUCGGGAGCUGAAUCGGUUUGCGGUGGCAGAGUUGGGCUCCUGGCGGGAUAGAGGUCAGGUGGAGGGGUGCGGGGAAAUCUCGCCUCGGGGAGGUGGGGAGGGGCUUUGGUUUGCAAAUUUUAAUUUUUCCAGUCUGGAAAGUUGGCUUCUACCUCUCGUUUUAAAAUGCCACGGUCAGGAAAAGUCAGAACAGGCUGUUUUCGGGGGGGAGAAUUCUCUGCUUUUUGCUUAUCAGAGGUCUGGAAUCGUGUUUCUCAACUGUAGUAACGUUCAGAGGAGCGGAUUAGCAAAACGGGGGAAUUCUGGGAGUUGAAGUCCACUCAUCUGAAAGCUGCCCAAUUGAUUGGAGGAUGCUGGGAAUUGAAGUCCGCCUGCCUGAAAAGGGAGAAACAUGGCUCUAGAAUUCCCGAGUCCGCAAUGAAUUCUGGGAGUUGAAGUCCACUGGUCAAAAAAGCCAUUGAUCCCCAAGCAGUGUCGGUGAACCUUUUCGGCACUGUGCCGAAACGGGCGUGUGCUUGUGCAUGUGCCUGCAGGGGAGC